GCUUUUAAAGAAUCCCUAGAAUUAAUUGUUAGGUUUGAAAUUUUAGAAUGUAUGGUUCUUGAAAAUUAUUUCAUUAGAUUUUGGCAGGGCUUAAAAUGAACAAUAGAAAGUCAAAAUUGGUGCAAUCGCUGGAGGAGUCGGUGCCGCCCAUCGAUCACGAGGACGUCGUCCGUGUGAUUGCUGACCAGAUUCGCCAGCCUAUGAGCGACACAAUAGAAAGGAACUUAAGCAACAAGGAGGAUCUAAGCAUCCUGCACCUCGAGGAUGCCAUUAAAUUCAGAAAUUCGAUGCGCAGCUUUCACGUCUCGCCCACUGCUGAAUCCAUAGAUGAAGUGAUGCCCGUGAAGGACGAGGAUCUUGGGGAGAUGCUGGAGUCCCUGACCGAGCUGAUCCUUGGCGAGGAAGAGGAGGAGGAGGAUGGCGAUAAUGAUGAUUAUGAGGGGGAAGAGGAGGAGGGAGACGACGAAGAGAAUGAAUACGAUGAAAAGGACGCGGAUGAUGGCGACGAAAAUGCUCCAAAAACCAACUCAAAUUUAGGCUGGAUAUUUUAGAUACCGGGUUUUCAGAUGCAUUACAUUAAUAAAAUUUGAAGAAUAAUA